AAGGCUGCUGAUUAUGAACCAUCUGUUCGCACCAUCUUCGGCAUGGCAUGGGCACUCUAUCGUGGCCGUCUCUGCACAGAGGGUCCCAUGCCUGACCAUAUGCAGGAGGUGACGUGGGCCAAGUUAGCAUGGAAUGAAGCAUGUAAGAGGCUACAUACUCAAGUUGCUUAUGAUGCGGAGAUUUUAAAAAUGAUCACUUCGCGAGGUUCCCACCUUCGUGGUGAAGUCAAGACUAAGGUCCGGCCAUAUGUUGCAGAUGAGUAUGGGUUCGAGACGAGCACCAAGCAAUCUGUCAUCGAUCGCAACAUCAUGCUUGCACGAGAACUCAAGAAGGAUUUUGCCUUCACUCGCUCCCCUGAUGGUAACAAAGGCUUAUACAGUGCCAAGAUUAUCCAGAAGGGGGUCAACACCAUAUGGUUCCGCGACAAGAAAGAUGAAGGUGUGCUAUAUCCCGAGUUCUACAAACCAUUCCCAGAGGUUGCCUUUGCAUUGCUUUUGACUGCGAUUGAAAGUUGCAUCGAUGAGUGGAGCAGUGGAGCUCAAACGAACAAGAUGUUCACUGUGGAUGAGUAUCAGGAUGUGCUCGACGAACAUCUCAACAACCUUGCAGACUUCGAUGAACACACCAAGGCUCAAGGCCUGCUACCCAAGCUUUUGUCACGUCUGCAUGAUAAUGGCCGG